GAAACUACUGGAACUGAUUUCCACCUCGAAGGUGACGGACUGCCAACUUCAAAGGUAAUACGAGACCUUUAAAGUGCGAGAAUAACCGGAUUUGAAUCUAGCACUUCAAGUUGCAACUUGUGAACUAACCAUGCGGUUGUAUAUAAUUCUUGGAUAUCUGAUGCAGUGGGUUAUGUUGGGACAGCAAAAGAAUCUGAAUUCGAUCAAAAUCACAAAGGUGGAGUGUAUCCCUAACAGUCACUGGGUCGGAGAUGUAGAAUGCUUCUUGAAACCGCUCAAAAAUAGGUCCAUUCAAAUUCAAGCAAAAAUACCCGUCAUAAAGCCGAUUAACUCUGUGAAGUUUCAUGUUCAAAUCUUUCGAUGGCACAGUGGAUUUCGCCCGUACCUUGUCGAUUUCUGGUUCGACUUCUGCGAUAUAAUGUCAAAUCCUAAAGGGAUGAAUAGUUUGAUGAAGCCCUUUUAUACAUUGAUAACGAAGUAUUCAACUUUAAACCAUCCAUGUCCUAUUGAAGGAUUAGUUGAGAUUCCGCCAGUUGUACCUGACUUAUCUGUUUUCCCGUCGAUGCUCGUAACAGGCGUUUACCUUUUGAAUCUCACUGCAGUGGAGAAAGCCCUUAACCAGUGGAUGUUCACAUUAAAAGUAAAAGGAGAAGUUAGUAGCGACCUAAAGGAAUGAUACGAGAAGGAAUUUUAUCUGAUUCUAUCACUGUAUCACAAAGCAUAGUUUUCAUUGUUUGUAUUGUUCAAUUUAUAGAACUUAUGUGUAUCUGUCAC